AUGGAUUGGCCUGGACUCAUCGCCCAGGCAGAGAAUCCCAGUCCUGGACAACAGGUGGUGGAUGCAGCCAUUAAGUGGUUCACCGAAGAGUUGCGUGCGACCACUCCAGCGCUGGCUGAAGGAUUCCUGGAGAGUGCCGUGGAAUCUAAGCUCCCGUCCGAUAUUGUGGUACAAGCCUGUUGCCUGCGCCUGUUGCGCGCAGUCGAAGCUGUUGCGCAAGCUAAACGGUUGCAGCCAUCAGGAACAAUCGGCGCAACUUCAGCCAUGCCAAGUGCCGCAGGACAGGGGUUAGUUUCUCUCUUGGCCCCUGCUAAAGCAGUUGAUGUAGCGGCUUUGGUUGACAAAGCAUCCUUAAAAGGGCUAUCCUUCAGCCUUCAGGCAGAACAAGGGCUGUGGGGCAGCAUGCAGACCCAUAGCGAGCAAUGCAAGGCUGCUGGACGCAAGGCGCUCCCGUUCAUUGAUUUGACAUCGAAAGAAGCACUGCCCAUGUGGCUAACAGCAGACCAAAUUGGUGGCAAGUUCCACUUGCACGAUGACAAAGAAUGGCCACUGCAAGGUGGACAGGCUACAUCCAGCUUGCAAGAUUUGAGCCGUGCCCUCAAGAGCGCGACUGCAUCGACAGGAUUCUUUCGAUCUGUGCCUCAGUGGAUGGUAGCCUUUCUGGUGGCUGUUGCAACGCAGCAGCUAGCAUGGGUGGAUGUUUUGGCGCAUGUUGAUGUUGUCAUGCAACUGGCAGAGCAAGAGCGCCUCAAAGGGCGCCCUCCCUUUUUGGCGCUUGUCUAUGAGGAACUCAUGCGUCGUAACUGGGAAGUGCAGAAGAUCGACAAGGAUGUGCUUGACAUUGCCCGUCAUCGACUGACUGAAGUGCUUAAAGAGGCAGGUUUAGAUGGGCAUGAUGACAGCUCGCAGUCUUCCAAAGUUCAGCACCCAGCACAAGUUAUGCCUGGUGCCUUGGAGUUGGUUGGGCGCCAGCUUUCAGCUGCAGAAGCAGCGCAGAGACACUCGGAAAAGGUGUCCAAGCAACUUUUGGAGGCGCAGCAGGUUCUGCUGAAGCGUGGUCGAGCCAUGGAAGAGUCAAGUGCGGACGAUACUGCCAAGGGGCAGGGAAGACGGGGCUAUCCAACAAGAAGCUGA